AUGGGCGAAACCGUUCCUGUAUUGUUUAAAGGCGAGCAAAUCCAUGUGCAUAAAGAGGUCCUGACCUCUACCUCGGACUUUCUCAAGAUUGCCAUGAAGCCGGAAUGGCGUACCGAUGAGAACCGCCCGAUCGACCUGACCGAAGAAGAUGCCAAAGCCGUUGAAGCAUACUGCCGAUGGCUUUACUCGCACACAAUUCCUUGCCAUGAUGAUAUCCUGUACACCACCAGACUCCUAUGUCAGCUCUUUGUCCUUGGUGAGAAAUUGCUGGACCAAACGCUCAAGAACGCGGUCUUAGCCAUGAUGAUUGAGGGGGCUCAAACCAAUCAUAGAUACCUUUGCUCAAGACCUUUGGUCAAACUUAUUUAUGACGGAACUCCAAAGGGCUCGCCAGUACGCCGCCUCAUGGUUGACUUAUAUGUAUACAUUGCACAUUCUGUCUGGCUCAGCCCCCAUGAUUGUGCCUCUUUUCGGGGGACUGACUUCUUGGAAGAGUUGGUACCAGCUUUGCUAAGUGCGCGGCCGCAACCAUCUUUCGAAAAAGGACGACCAUGGGUAGUUCGGCCCGAGUCCUACCGUGAGGGAGCAUUUGCCUAUGGAAACAAUGUCGAAACUGGUUCGACAAAAAGCACCUGA